AUGUCUUCUAAUUUCCAGAACUUCCGAAACAGUGUGCCAUGGCUAAUCAUUUUCCUGGAAGCUGUUUUCAUCGUCCUCUUCCACAUUUUCUUCUCAUGUUACGAUUCACAAGAAUCAGAAAUCUUCUACCCGGCUUUUCAAGAUGUCAACCACAUGGUGAUUUUUGGAUUUGGUUUUUUCCUGAUGUUUCUGAAAAGAUACGGGUUUAGCAGUGCUGGAUUCAACCUCCUGAUCCUUGUAAUUGGUGUCCAAUGCUCCGUGCUGCUAGAAUAUUUCUUAUUUUACAUCCUUGAAAUGAGAAGCCGAGGAUGUCUGAAAAGAAUAACAGAGGCUACUGUGAGCAUGAUUGCUGUAGUCAUCUCCACUGGAGCUGUUCUUGGAAAAACGAAUCCUGUGCAAUUAAUUCUGAUGACAGUUGUGGAGAUAAUAGUUUUCUGUAUAAGCAGAUUGAUCAACAAGAUAAUCCUGAAGGUUACAGACAGUAUCGGCAUGAUGCAUGUUCACCUGUUUGGAGCCUACUUUGGUCUGGCAGCCUCCUUAGGCUUCUCUGAGCCGUCACCAAGGUGUGAGAAGAAUGCGAGUACCACAAAAUCGGAUUUAUUCUCCAUGUUGGGCACUCUCUUUCUCUGGGUGUUCUGGCCCAGCUUCAAUUCUGAACUAGCUCAGAACAAGAAAAACAGAGCGUUCUGCAACACCUACUUUGCCCUUGCUGUGAGUGCUGUAACUGCCUUCCUGUUGUCUGCUCUGACCACAAAGGAUGGAAAAUUCAGAAUGUCUCAUAUCCACAGUGCAGCACUAGCUGGUGGGAUUGCUGUUGGUUAUACAGCAGACAGUAUCGAGUAUCCUUGGAUUGCAAUGAUUUUGGGUCUGCUUGCCAGUGUCAUAAGCAUAUUAGGAUCUUGCUGUUUACAGAGAUGCUUGAAUCCUGCUCUCAAGCUUCAUGAUACCUCUGGAGUUCAUUUCACUUUUGGUUUGCCUGCUGUGCUUGGAGCUCUUGCCCACGUUGUUCUCUUUGUAAUAAAGAACACGACCGUUUUUCCAAGUUAUGAUUUGCUUUAUUUGGUCAUGACUCAAAUUGGUGCCUUCUGCGUGACCAUCAGCAUUGCCGUGGUAACAGGUUUUAUCACAGGUUUAAUCUUAAACUUGAAACUGUUUAAGAACACCCCUGUAGCCAAGUACUUUGAAGACCAGUUUUUUUGGGAGUUUCCCCAUUUGGCUGUUGGAUUUUGA